AUGAUCAGACAGCAUUUCCCAGAGCCAAUUAUUCCUAAUUACCCAGUAAGCAAGAGCACAAGCAGCAGUAUUAAUUAUGAGAACCAAAGUCAGAAAUCUUCUUAUCUUUUAACGUAUUAUCAAAAUACAUCAUUAGAAAGUGCAUUUCCGUCAGCCUUAUCCAAUGGUACAUGGACUCCUGAAGAAGAUCAGAAAGUAAUUGACUGGGUUAAGGAGCAUGGUCCUACAAAUUGGACAAAACUGGCCGAACUUAUUCCGGGCAGAGCCGGAAAGCAAUGCCGUGAGCGCUGGCAUAAUAAUCUCGAUCCACAUCUUGUCAAAUCGUCAUGGACUCCUGAAGAAGAUAGAAUCAUCAUCCAACUUCAGAAGGAGCUAGGAAACAAAUGGGCCAAAAUUGCAGAGCAUCUUCCAGGUCGUACAGAUAAUGCAGUUAAGAACCGCUGGAACUCUGCCUUGAAGAGAAGAUUAGCCCCUGACUAUGUCAAAGGAAAAGUACAUAAACCAGCACCUCAGCCGCAACCAGCUAAGGCUGAUCCACUCAAGAUCAUGAUGCUCAAUCCAAUUGCAGACUUAUCAGUCAUUUCAUUUAAUCAACAAAACCAGAACUCAUCUCCAAUUGAGUGUAUCGACGUUUCCGACGAACCUUUCUUGGGCUUUGAUGAGCCGAUUUCUACAAACUUGGAUCUUAAUGAAAGCUCCACGGAUAUUUACGACUUUCAGUUGGAUUUAUAA